UCAUGGUUUCACUAUUUAUUUGGUGUGCGAGGAGAUAAAGAAGAUAAAAUGAUCGACUUUCUGGACUUCAAAGAAGCUCUGCAUUUGAAAAAGUCAUUCUUUGCCAAGCGUUUCUUCAGUCUCUAUGACAACACCAAUACUGGUAGAGUGAAUACAAGGCAUCUACUGUACGCAAUAAAUCGACUUUAUUACGGAACAAAAACAGACAAGUUAAACUUUCUAUUUAAAGUCUACGAUGUUAGCGGAAAUGAUGUAAUUGACUGGAAUGUACUCCGUACUGUAUUAUUAUCGAGCAUGAAAGACAGCGGUGUUAAAUGUACAAGUGAACAGCUAGACACGUUGACCGACGUCUUGUUUAAUGACGCCGAUCGCAACGGCACUGGUGUAAUCACGUUUGAAGAUUUUCGAGUACAAUUAGAAAAAUAUCCCGAGAUAUUAGACAAUUUAACUACUAGUGCAACAAGCUGGCUGAACCCAUCCCCCAAAAAGCAGCAGAAGAAUAAAACGCCAUCUGUGUUCAAAUUCAUUUAUCGUUACCUUGGAGACAAUCAGAAGUGCGUCGCGUUUCUCGCUUGCUACGUUCUUCUCAAUAUGGCGUUGUUUGCCGAGGCAGGUUAUCAGAAUUACGGAGCGCCCUCAGACGUCUGGAUUGCAAUUGCCAAAGGAUCUGGAAGGUGUCUAAGUUUCAACACUAUGUUCAUUGUCAUAUUAAUGUUGAGGAAAUGCCUCACGUGGCUACGCCGUACAAUGCUAGGAUAUUAUCUUCCAUUAGACGACCACGUGAUGUUACAUAAGAUGGUUGGUUGGAUAAUUGUAAUACUUAGUAUUAUCCACACAGUGUCACAUCUUCUAAACCUUGGUUUCAAAUGGAAUGAUAACUUGGCAAAUCUUACUGGGCUGCUAUUGGUUAUUAUUUUAAUUAUCAUUGUGGCGUGUUCAUUACCAUUCGUCAGGAGAAACGGUUAUUUCCAGCUUUUCUACUGGACUCAUCAGUUGAUAUUUUUACUAUGGGCAGUACUGAUUGCGCAUGCGCCUUACUUCUGGAUAUGGUUUCUGUUUCCUGGUAUACUGUAUGUAAUGGAACGAAUCCUGCGUACCAAGUGUAUAAAGAGAUCAAACUACGGUAAAACAUACAUCAAGACGGCGAAGACUCUGCCAUCUAAAGUAGUACAUCUUCGGAUCAAGAGGCCACCGCAUUUCAAUUUUCAGUGUGGGGAAUAUGUUUAUAUCAAUAUUCCACGGAUCGCUAAAUAUGAAUGGCAUCCAUUCACGAUCAGUAGUGCCCCUCAACAACUAGAUACUAUAUCAUUACACAUCAGAGCUGUUGGAAACUGGACAAAGAAACUCCACAAAUAUUAUUCUGUGAGGGAGGCAUGUGACACACAGCCCAGUCCAUCACCGACGAGUAAUGAUGUCACGUGGGCAAAGAAAGACAGUAUUACAACUGUCGAUAUCCUAAGUGAGUUGGAUGCCAUGGAAUUGCAAAUAUUAGAUAUAGAAGAUAAUAUGAGUUUACCGAAUGUACUCAUUGCAGAUGAAAAACGCUGCGACAUAAAUCCACGUGACCGAUCUACUGCCAAUGAGAACGACGAUGAUAGGAUAGUGUUUGACUUAUUGGAUAUCCAUUCUACGUCACCUCCGCUACAAACCAUGUCCGGUGUUGUUCAAAAAGAGGACAGUGACACUGAGUUGGAAGUAUACAUUGAUGGUCCAUAUGGUUCCCCUUCUCAACACAUAUUUGACUCGCAGCACGCUGUCUUGAUCGGUGCGGGUAUUGGCGUCACGCCAUUUGCUUCAAUUCUACAGAGUAUUAACGAGCAAUUCAAAUCCACGAAAAACGUUUGCCCAAAAUGCAGGUAUGCGUGGAGGGAAGAACUGCCAGAGACGAAUCUGACUCUAAAAAAGGUCGAUUUUUAUUGGAUUAACCGGAGCCAGACAUCAUUUGAAUGGUUCGUGAAUCUAUUGAACCAAUUAGAACAAGAGCAGUCUGAAUUAUCGAAUUUGAACAACAUUAUCGAUUUUCAUCUGUACAUGACGUCAGCACGCGGCAAGGGCGAUCUUGACAGUUUUGGCCUCCAGAUGGCGCUUGAUCUAAUACAUAAGAAGGAAAAUCGUGAUAUGAUUACAGGAUUGAUGACAAAAACUAACCCUGGCAAACCAGAUUGGGAUGAGGCAUUCCAGGCAAUUGCUGCAGAGAACAAAGGAGAUGUAACAGUGUUUUACUGUGGGCCAUCUAACCUAGCGUCAAUAUUAAAACGGAAGUGUUGCCAAUACAAUUUUAAAUUUCGACAGGAGAACUUCUAG